UGUAAACGACACGAAAAGUGUUGCGAUAAAGCCAUGAUGCUCACAUCGCUUUGGUUUCUGUGCAUCUUCAACUUUUGCCUCGUUUCCUGUGAAAAUCAGAACAAGACGUUUACUGAAGUCAACGGAAACAAGACUUUUCAUAACAUCAACGGCACUCUAAACACUAAUAAGACACUCACACGCGCAGAUGGCCCAUAUCUGGUCACAAGUGACCUAGUUGUUCCUAAAAGUGUAUCACUUACUGUGGAGGCCGGUGUUGACGUUCUUUUCCUACCUAAAGUCGGUGUUCACGUUCAUGGAACUCUAUACGCAAAGGGUACGCACUCUGAGGCUAUCCGCUUCCGAGCGAUCCAGUGUAACGAAACAACGUUCUGCAACAACACCAACUCAACUGCGAGUCAGUACGUAAAUCCUGGAAUACGAUUGGCUAAUGGUACGUCGUACAAUAAAGGUCGUUUGGAACUGAAAUGGAACGGGCGGUGGGGAACAGUUUGUGAUAGUUACUGGGAUGAUAAAGAUACUGAAGUGGCUUGCAGGCAACUUGGCUUUCUAGGAGCAAAAAGACAUUAUCGUCACCCUGGAAGUGGCACUAUUUUCAACGGAACACUUUAA